CCCCGGCCGCGGGAUCGCCUGGCGACCCGGCCGUUCGGAGCGGCGGGGUGCGGCGCAGUCAGCUACCAGUUUCUGGGUGCAAAAUAUUUGGCAGUACAUCUGAGGGGAGAGAAGCAUGCACUGGUGCUAGUUCUUACCGUAAAGAGUUUAGAGACUGGCUGAUUUCUCAGGAGCAAUGAUCAACACUCCCAACGUUCCAACAGCUGAAAAUGUUUUCAAUAGGAUGGAGUUAGAGCACCUGAAGAGGCUGCGUCAGGCCAACCAGGACCUUCUACAAAGGCUCAGAGUGAAGCAGGAAGAGAUCAGAAAAAGACUUCCCAGCAAGCCACUCUUUCCAGCAUCUCUUCAUAAUAGAACAGCUACUGAAAGAUCUGUCCUCUUGCCCAAGGGAGGGAAGGAAAAUCAGGUUGACGCUGUGAAGCGUACAGUUCACCCUGCAGUGUUGGUGUCUGUGGAAGCCGGAGCUUACGCAGCCAGAGCAGCCCUCUGUUCAUCUCUUAAACACAGCAGCAAUGACAGAGGGGUACAGCAACAACAGGCGAAGGUGCAGGAAGCAGUAGGUUUGGAUUCCAGCUUUCCUGGGAAAGAGAAGAAUGUUAAGCCAGUGUCUGCAAUCAUUACGUUUGGCAGAGAAACCUCCGGAGUGGAUAGGGAUGGCCGUGCUCGAGGAAGUCUGGAGAAAGAAUCCUUCCUUCUGGGACAUGGAGAGAACAGAAAACAGUCCACUCUGCUACAUGGUUUCCAUGAGAAAAAACAGCUUAAGAGUCAUCUGGACCCAUCACUGAGCAGAAUACAAAGUGAAGAGACCAGCAAGCAGCAUGUGGUCAUUGGAGAGCCCAUAAUCCAUAAAUCAGUCUUGCUGACAUCUCAGUCCAAAGAGGUGAAGAAGGGAGCUGGUCAUGUGACUUUUCAGUCUGACCCUGAAGAAUAUACCAUACCUGUGAGCAGCUGGUCUGUGCGUCCUUUCCUGGGCUAUGACUGGAUUGCAGGGCUCCUAGAUACAAAUUCUUCAGUAGCAGAAAAGUCUGACCAAUACUUUGCUGAGCUGCACGAGUUCCGACAGGCCAACAAAGAAGUGUGUAUUCAUGAGCAGCACCUGGAGCCCAAGGCUCUGGAUUACAUAGUUCCUGAACAAGACCCAGAUUUGAUAACCAGUUCCCAUAAGUGUGUUUACUGUUAUCGAUUAAACCAACGCCUCUUCACUGUCCCUGUGGAUUCAGAAUCUGCCUGCCCCAUGUGUAAGAUCCCACGUACUCACCAGCCCCCAGAGAUACUGGAAGAGCCAGCCUAUGUCAGGGUCAGCAUUCCCAGGUCUACCCUUAUGCCUGCCUACAAAUACAAAGCCCAUCGCAGGAAGAGCUUUGAACUGGCAGACAAUCUAGCAUUACCUUCGCAUUGCCUGGCUGGCUGGGAAAAUAUCAUCCCUUCCAGCAACACCAUGCUCAGCAGUUUGGAUCUGCGAGCUUCACUGGAAGAGAAGCCGCCUUGCCAUCCUCACCUGAACUUGGUGUCCAGAGUGUCAGGAGGAACCAGAACUGACCAGCUUCUGAACCUGACCCACUUGACACGCUUCAGAUUUAGCAGUGCUUCUCAGCAGAGGGAGCAAAACAAACCUGGACACUACAGAGCAGCUCCAAAUUUAAAUCCAACUGCCUCAACUCUGUGAACCACUGACUUGAUUGCCCUGGGGAAGGGAUGGGCACAGGGUGUGGAAACAACUCUAUUUGGAUAAAAAUAAAUCUUUGCACAGAUUUUUCCUAGUCUUCAUACUCGUGUGCAUAUGUGAGCAACCAAUACAUAUAUAUGAGAGUUUGUACAUUCGACUAUGUUUUUUCACUUUUCUUUUUUGCCUUUUGCAGCUACUUCUAAGCAGAUGCAUGAGCUUUCCCACCUAGGGCUGAAUAAAGUGAUGUGUACAGGAUGACUGACUAGUACUGUUACCACUAAGACAGCCGUAGCAACAGAGUUCAUCUGCCACCUCAACUAAAUAAACCAGAAGUGUGAUGUUAACUCUGAAUGCCAGGGUGAGGAACUGGCCUAUGAAUGGCCUGGUUCAGUGGAAUGCAUACAGAUAUGUUAAUUUCCAAAUGUUUGAAACAUGACACAUAAUUUGCUAGUGCCUUAAACUUGAGUUACUCAGUAAUUUAGUUAAAACAAAAAAAAUCCAGUUUAUUUUCAGUGCAAUGUCUGUAGCUACAGGGUGCAUUACAUGAGAGUAAUUAUGAAUGUGAAAAAGCGUGUUAAAGUAAAAUGAGAUUUUAUUCAUCAAAAAGCUAGAUAAUGCCUUAAAAUGUUUGCAAAUUACACUUACCUCUGCUUUUCCAAGUUUUUUGGAGAUAAACUAAAAAACAGUUUGGAGUAUUUAAAUUGUACCAACAAAAAUAUAUAGUGUGACUUGUUUGAACUUUAUAGACUGAUCUUACUUUCCUUGUCUAAAAACAAUAAAACUGAUGUUCUGUUUUGCCUU